UUAUAAAAAUAAAAUAAAAUUAAAAACAUAUUCCUUAAUCAAAUAAAUCCAUCCUGAUAUAAGGGGAAGCAGAACUGUAUUCAUCAUUCAUGCAUAUCUCUCUCUCCCCUCUCAGAAAAUAUAUUAUACAAGAAAGAUAGCUUUUUUGCAAGUAGUUGAUAAGCCGAGGAUCUGCUGCAUAGCCUUCUUUCCUCGAACAACAGCAUGACAGUCAUCAGAUGAUGAACAUAGAGUUUUGUUAGUAGUAGUAGAGGCUUAUUAAGACCCUGACUGCUGUGCUGGGUCAUGUCUUGCAAUGGGAUGGCUUUUUUCCCAGCAAAUUUCAUGCUCCAAUCUCCUCAUGAAGAAGAUCAUCAACCCUCAACUUCUAUCAAUCAAAUGCUUCCUUCUUGCCCGCCCCAAGACUUCCACGGUGUGGCAUCAUUUCUUGGGAAGAGAUCAAUGUCAUUUUCAGGGAUAGAUGUGUGCGAAGAAGCAAAUGGGGAGGAUGAUUUAUCAGAUGAUGGUUCACAGGCAGGAGAAAAGAAGAGGAGACUUAACAUGGAACAGGUUAAGACUCUUGAGAAGAACUUUGAGUUGGGUAAUAAGCUUGAACCUGAGAGAAAAAUGCAGCUGGCUCGGGCUCUUGGUUUGCAACCAAGGCAGAUUGCUAUUUGGUUUCAAAACAGAAGAGCUAGAUGGAAAACCAAGCAGCUUGAAAAAGACUAUGAUCUCCUUAAGAGACAGUACGAAGCAAUCAAAGCAGAUAAUGAUGCACUCCAAACUCAGAACCAAAAGCUGCAUGCUGAGAUAAUGGCACUGAAGAGCAGAGAACCAACUGAGUCUAUCAACCUCAAUAAAGAAACUGAAGGCUCUUGCAGUAACAGAAGUGAGAACAGCUCAGAUGUAAAGUUGGAUAUCUCAAGAACACCAGCAAUUGACAGCCCCUUAUCUACUCAUCCAACAAGCAGAACCUUCUUCCCAACAUCCAUUAGGCCAACAGGUGGUGCUGCUCAACUAUUCCAAACCUCAUCGUCAAGGCCUGAUCACCAUCAUCCAUGUCAAAAGAUGGAUCAAAUGGUUAAAGAAGAAAGCCUCAGCAACAUGUUCUGCACCAUUGAAGAUCAAACUGGGUUUUGGCCAUGGCUUGAGCAACCACAUUUCAAUUGAUUCAUAGUGUGAACUCAUUGACCAUGCUGUCAAACUUGGAACGUUCUUGAUCUAAAGAGGGAAACUGCUGGUUAUAUAUAAUCAUAAUAUUGAAUGUUUUGGUACCUUCAGAGUGGUGUAUAAAAGUUGAAUUAUAUUCAGUUUAAGACUUUUCAUCAGGAGGGGCUGAAAAGAUAAUUAUGGAGGAAUAAAAGUGUGUCUUUUGGGUUAUAUAUAUAUAUAUCAGGUUUGCUAGGCUUAUUAGAGAGAGAGAUGUUUGCUAGGUUAGAUUAAUGCGAGAAGAAUUUCCAAGUUAAUAAUAACUUAGUAAUUUUGCUGGUGAUGACUAGUUGGUUUGCAGCAGCAUGCAGCUCUAGCUAGCCUAGCAUGGGCCAUGAAAACAAUAAAAAAGGGGAUUCUCUCUUGGUUCCA